AUGUUGGGAAUCAAGGCAUUGUCGCUCCUGCUGUGCGGCGCAGUUGCGCAGAGCAAAUACAUCGUUCCCGGGGGCCGGUGGCUCGACACGCAUGGUAACCUGGCGAAUGCGCAUGCGGGAUGCAUUACCUUUGACGAGGAAACGGGGCGAUUCUGGUGGUACGGAGAAUACAAGACUGAAGGACAGGAGGAGGGUGGGGGAGUCUCGGUGUAUAGCUCUGAGGAUUUGGCGACGUGGGAAUCGCAUGGGUUGGCGUUGGAGCCAGUGAAGAACCAUUCGUAUAUUUCCCCGGAGAAUGUUAUCCAGCGACCCAAGGUUGUGUAUAGCGAGGAGGCUGGGCAGUACCAUAUGUUCUGGCAUGCGGAUAAUUCUUCCUAUGGAUUGUUGCUACAGGGCCUAGCUACGUCGGAUACCCCCGCCGGUCCCUAUACCUUUGUCAAUGUCUCGGCGCCGAUGGGUAAUUGGUCGCAGGAUUAUGGGUUGUUUACGGAUUAUAAGGAUGGACGAUCGUAUGCUCUUUACUCUAACGGAGAUAGCCAGGAGGGUCGCGAUGUCUAUGUUACUCGGUACAACGAGGAGGUCUCAGAGCUGGAAGAGGUGAUCUAUCGAUUCGACAAGUUCGAUCUCGAGGCGCCUACCAUCAUCCAAACGGAUGACAGUUAUUACGCGUUGAUGAGCCAUAAGACUGGCUACAGACCGAACAAUGUCGUUGCGUUCCGGGCUGAUUCGCUGGAGGGCCCUUGGUCCCAGCCGUUCAUAGUGGCGCCCCUGAACACGCGCACAUUCAACUCUCAGUCCGGGUAUUCAUUGAAGAUUAAGGGUUCGAAGAAGACUACAUAUCUCUACAUUGGUGACCAGUGGGACUCGAACUCGCUUUGGGAGAGUCGUUACAUAUGGCUACCCAUGGAGAUUGACGACAAGAAGAAAACGCUAGAGCUGGUUUGGAACGACGUCUACGACCUGAAUGUCAAAACCGGAGAAUGGAAACCAGUCAAAGGAAAGACCUACUACGGAAAGGAUGCAAAACGUCCGGAAAUGCAUUCAAGCAAGAGGCACGACAACACCAUUUUAACCGGCAUCUACGGCAACGACAGCACAGUCACGUUCGAAGGUAUUGAAGGCACGGGCAAGCCGCAGUGGGUGUCAUUCUACUACCAGAACACCGAUGAUAUGGGAUUCGGAGACCAACCUGGCGGAUCCCCUGAUCGCAUCGGAGGCGAAUGGCAGCUCCGACGCAUUAGCAGCGUCGUAGUCAAUGGCGACACUUCCAACGUCCAGACGCUCUAUCAACGGGAUACUCACAAGAGCAUCAUCCUCUCCACUCCAUUGCAAUUGACUCUUGAGAAGGGAAAGAAGAAUACUAUCACGAUUGGUGGACUUUACAACGGGUUUGACUACAAGGGAGCAGACCUGGACCGGAUCGUGGUGUAUCCUCCGGAGAAAUAG